UGAUUUUGCAUUUCCAGGGAGGAGAACUGUUUUGUUUACUAACAGUUCUCCAGCCUGUUAGCUCGGGCACAGCACUUUGGAUGGCUGUGCACAGCACAGUCAUCAAAAGCAGUGUGCUUACAGUGAAGCACACAGACACCACCCCAUAAUAAAACACACCCCGCACACAGUUAGCCCUUUGAUCGCCCCUCAUGUUAACCCCUUCCUGCCCAGUGCCAUUAGUACAGUAUCAGUACUUUUUUUUAGCACUGAUCACUGUAUUGGUGUCACUGGGGAUGUCAGUGACACCAAGUCACUUCCCCCCAGUGUCAGAAUGUCCACCACAGUCCCGC